AUGAUUCGUGACUUUGUGCAGUGGACGGCCACCUUGGCCGAGACGAGCGACCUCGAGCAACUCAGUGGCUGUCGCGUAGGCGUAGAGGCCGCCGACUACCUCAACCAGCGCAUCCUGAACCAUGGUCGCGCCAAAGAGCCCCUCGUGCCCGCGCUGGGAGGCCUGCCAUUGGCCCUUAACCAGCACAUCGAGGAGGAUUUGGACACGUUCCGCAAGUUUGACAUUGAGCCAUGGUUUGUCUUCAGCGGGCUGGACAUUACGAAACAAGACAACCCCUUUGGGCAGAAGACGGAUGAGGCUGCCGUCAAUGCCAAUGCGUGGAACUUGUACGACAGCCAUCAGGCCGAGGCGUCGGUCGCCAAGUUUGGAGAGUCGAACCUCUUUCGCGCAUUGCAGGCUGUACUCACCGAGCGCAACAUCCGCUUCACAGUGGCCCCAUACAGUGCCUGGGCUCAGCUGGCAUACCUCGAAAAGUCACAACACGUCCACGCCAUCUCGGGCACAUCCGACAUCCUCCUCUUCGACUGCGACAAGAUCAUCACAUCAUGGGACUUCGAGGACCGACAAUUCCGCUAUACCAGGCGCGAGAAGUGCAGGGCAGAUUUGGAGAAAUUCGCGGGUAACAUACGCAUCACGGAUGAAAUCUUCGUCGACGCAUGCAUACUCGCCGGAACACCCUUUCUCCCUACCCUCCCCAACCUCAGCUCCCCCAAUCGAACCGAGCUCUUGAAGCCGCACAGCGCCAUCAAGAUGAUCAUGAGCAGCGGUAGGACUGGCUAUUCGGUAGUUGUGAACAACCAGGAUGACCCACGCUUCAAGGAGAUUGGCUACAUUGCGCGCUACCAGAAAGCACGCUUGGCCGUCAAGAACCAUCCCGUCUACACAGAGGACGGCAAGAUCGAACCUCAGAAUUCCCAUGAAUUACCCAACGACGCAGUCCAGUACUUGGGUCAGCGUCUGCCCGACGAGCUCUUCCACUACAUGUCAAAAGGCCUCAUCGCCCCUCGCAUUCUCCAGUGGCGCACUACCUGCGAAGUCUUUGAGGUGCCUCCAAUGGACGGAGGUGAAUCUUUAGAGUACAAGAACCUGGUCAGCUCCAAGCUGAUUCCACUACGGACAACUGCUUUCAAUCUGCUUUCAAGCACACUGCACAACUGGUACCGGCAUAAGGAUCUCGAACAGAGAUGUUGGUUCUUGGACGCAAGCGGGAAGCAAGUCUCCACUACUAUCAGAGUAGAGCGAUCAUCAGAGUCGCAGACUCCAGCAAUAGUGGAGAGCUGGAACGUCAAAGAGGCUACCUUUAAGGAGGCUGUCUCGCAGUACAAGGAAUACGGACACUUGGGCUCCGCCAUAUUGGCAUUGCAAAAUACCGACUUCACUUCAAAGACGAUAUCAAAGAAGGAUCCUGGCAAUGUUCUGAACACAACCGAUGAAAUUCUCUACAACUCAAUAUGGCGCUUCCUGGCUCUCAGAGACUAUGUAGACUCUAAUCACAACCUGAAAGACUGGGGUAAGGUUCUCGUCAAGGUCGUUGCCGCUCUCAAAGGGAAAAAGGAGCUGGAAGAGGCCGCUGUGCUUGCUGUAGAGCUGCUGCGCUUGGGCAUUCUUACACCCGACAUCAACAUGUUUCCCUCUUACAAUGGCGCGCCGAUGCGCGGUACCAGUACGUGUAUACACUACAAUUUUAUAAACAAAGCUGAUGUUUGUGUAGCCCAAGAUCAAAACGCAAACAUGCUGGUAUCUCGCGUGGCAGGCCUUGGAACCCUUCGCCAUAGACCAAUUGGCUUCACGGGACCAUUGAGCCAACACCUGCUCGGUUACAACUCGAUCAUCGAUGUUGUUCGCCAGACAUUGCGUGACUUAGUGGAGGUUGCAUCGACCCAUAUGUUUCUGACAGGCUGUUGCAAUCGACACGUCGACUUGGCAUCCAUCGCAAUGAAAUUACCCUUCCUUCUACCAAACAACUGCGCUCUCAGCAUUGCAGUCAAGUCCUAUCUCGACGAACUACUCAGCAACGACGCCGACCCCACCUCUAAGAGCACCAAGGUCAGAGUCGUCGAGACCGCAUCGACACGUUACUUCCCGCAAUCAAUUGACUUCCACGGCGAUCUCAGGACAGCAUUCCAGAUAUGGGAUGCCGUCUACGAAGGCGUGAUGAAUGGCGGCAACGUCGUUUCCGCAGCCAACAAGAAGCUCUGGAGCGAGACGAAUGAAUGGUUGGCCGCGCGACGGUAG